UUCAGCAGUUAGUUGGGUUACAUCCAAGACAUCAGGAGGUCAGCCUCUGAAUGAACAAGAGCUACAUAACUUUCACAUAUCUGGACACCAUUUUUUCUUUCUUUUAUUUUUGCUUUCAAGAUUUGAGGGAAGAUUAAAGCAGCAUAAUCAGCGCGCCACGCCCGGAGCCUUGCCAUCAGGGUUUGUAAUGACUCGCUGCGCAAAAUUUGUUACACAAACUAUAUUUCCUCUUCACUAGAGAGGAACUUUACUUUUCUACUUCCUCAUAUAGCAUUCAUCUUGCUUCCAGGUCAGAGUGAGCUGUUAUCCAGGAGCGAUGACGCUGAGCGCUGUGGGGUCCUGCUGCCUCAGUCCAGAGGCCAAAGAAGCUCGGAGGAUCAACUCAGAGAUAGAGAGGCAGCUCAGAAAGGACAAGAAGAAUUCCCGACUGGAGUUUAAACUCCUACUGCUGGGAACUGGUGAAAGUGGGAAGAGCACUUUCAUCAAGCAGAUGAGGAUCAUCCAUGGUCGUGGAUACACUGAUGAGGAUAGGAGAGGCUUCACCAGGCUGAUCUAUGAGAACAUCUUUACAGCUAUGCAGGCCAUGAUCCAAGCCAUGAGCACAUUACAGAUCUCUUACAAGAAUCAGUACAACAAGGAUAAUGCGGAGUUGAUCAGUCGCGUCGAAAAGUUAGAAACUUUAAAGAGCCCAUACAUUGAGGCCUUGAUGAGCCUGUGGAGUGACCCGGGAAUUCAGGAAUGUUACAGUCGGAGGAGGGAAUACCAGCUCUCAGACUCAGCCAAAUAUUAUCUGAGUGACUUGGCUCGAAUAGCUGAUCCUGCUUUUUUGCCAACCCAGCAAGAUAUCCUGAGGGUCAGGGCUCCCACAACAGGAAUAAUAGAAUAUCCGUUUAAGCUAGAGGAUGUGGUAUUCAGGAUGGUGGACGUAGGUGGCCAGCGUUCUGAGAGGAGGAAAUGGAUUCAUUGCUUUGAAAAAGUCACGUCCAUCAUGUUCCUGGCGGCGCUAAGCGAAUACGAUCAGGUUCUAGCUGAGUCCAGCCAUGAGAACCGGAUGGAGGAGAGCAUAGCCCUGUUCGAGACAAUCACAAGAUACGAAUGGUUUAAUGGCUCCUCAUUCAUCCUAUUUCUCAACAAGAUGGACCUGUUGAAGGAAAAAAUCAUGUAUUCACAUUUGGAGGACUAUUUUCCAGAGUAUAAUGGUCCCAAGCAGGAUGCUGAGAAAGCACAAAAGUUCAUCUUGCAAAUGUUCACCAGUCACAAUGAAAACGUGGACAACCGGUUCUACUCCCACUUCACAUGCGCCACAGACACAGGGAACAUACAGAAGGUGUUCCAGGACGUGAGGCAAACCAUCAUACAAGAGAACCUGAAAGAUCAUAACUUGGUGUGAGCGCCUGGUGCUGCUACUGUAGUUGAACGCAGCCGGCGGACUGGGAUGCCUCUGCAGCAUCUUCAUUUGCUGCUGCUGUUUCACACUUUAAUCCAAAACAGGAAAUUGGAGGACUUCAGAGCUUGUCAUCAAAUGACUGUACAGCCAAUGCUUUUCAAAUUUUCUUGUUAGAGUCUGUAAGUGGAUGUCUCCGGCUAUUACAAAGUGUGACCUGCCAAUUAAAAGUGCUGGCUUUCAGCGGAGUCUAAUAUAGCGUGAACUCUGAAAUUUAUUGAGCGCUAUGUAGACAUUUUGGAGCGGUGGGAAUGCACACUGGCAGAUUAAUAGGGGGAAACAUAUUUUACUGCCCUGGAAUGCCUCAGAGGAAUUGUGAUGUAGUUGAUCUCUCCCUCAGGGAAGGAGUGGGACUGAAUGUUCUGCAGAAUUCUGGCAUCACUAAAACAGUUUGCUGGAUUUAAGUUGGAUAGCUUGGGUUGUGGCUAGACUAAAAGGGAACAGGUCAUAAUAAACACUAAUCAUUAAACUUCAAGCACACUGUGCAUGUUUUGUCAUUGCUGCAUGAAAUUCAUUUGAAUAGGUUUGGAUCAGCACUUUGGAUCUGUGUGUGCUUACUUUGCUGAAGAAGAAGAUGAAUUUUCUGUGGAGCAUACAUGUUUUAUGUUUGUUGAGGUUUUUACUGUAAAGGGAUAGACACUUGAUGUUUUUUGGAGUGAUGGUGCAAAGUUGGAUAGUUAAACAUAUUAUUUCAGGAAUGGUUGUAAUAUUAAGCAGUUGUGUUAACUUAAAAUGGAUAUUUAUAUACCUUUGAUACAAUUAUACUGUCAAAUGUUAAUAAGCCUAUGUUUUGUCUCUGAGCAUUAAAUUCAGUGUUACAAGGAUAAACGGUUAAAUGGAAAACUAGGUUCAAUAAAUGUUUAUAAGAAAAAGACAUGUUUUUACAGCCCUUUUGCUCCUAACAAUAAAAAUAUAAGUAAAAAAUGAUAUGUAUAUUCACCUAAAGUGCAAAAGCUUUAUUAUCCCCUGAACAUUAGACAUAAUACAUUUUAUGGCAGGUCAUAUUGUAUCCCUUCAGCUAUUGCUGCUAAAAUCAGAAUUAAAUAAGCCUUCAAAAAUUAUUUACAAAACUUCUGUUGAAUUUUGGCCCAGAGUAUGUGUAAAUUGAGUCAGUUUUGUAGGCCACUUUGCUUUUACAAACAAUCUUGGCUCCGUCCCCCCCCAAAUUUUUUUUUAUUGGACUAAAAACAGGACUUUACCCUUAAAAAGUAACCAAAUAACUUGUUUUCUUUGAGCCACAUAAGCUGUAUGUUUAGUUUAGCUGCUUUAUGUUUCAUAUGAGAAAAGUUGAAAUUAUAAUAAACUUGUUAUCUUUUCAGACUGUGUUCCUUAUGUAAUACAUUUUAUUACUCAACUGUUGGUGUUUGUCAUAGUGGUUGUAAUAGUGGUUACUGUUGGCUUUCUAAAAUGAAGUCUUUUUGAGAACAUAUAUGUGGUAAGACUGUUAAAAAGAAAAUGUGACUACAUUUAGAUGUUAGUCAAAAUUUUUUCAGUUUUUUGUUGUUGUUGUGUGUGGGAACUUUAGAUAAGAAGAAUUGCCUUUAUUUUCCCACAGUGGUGAAAUGUGAGUGUGAUGGUGGCAAAAACAAGUAGACAGAAAACAAACAACCUCACACAAAAUAAGAACAGAAAAAUAAACGUUGAAUCUAACUCUACAGCAGAAAAAACAAACCUAGAUGCCUCUCAUACAGGAAAAUAAACAUUUCAGAAUAGUCUGAAGGUGUAGCCAUUUUAUUUGUACAGUGAAAACACAAUUAUUGGAGCACCCAG